UAGCCCCUAAUCCAUCCAUACACUAGUGUACGGACGUACCAAUUCAUAAACUCUUUCUUUUAAUUAUUUAUUUAUUUUUUAUUUUUGUAAUGAUAAUAUAUGUACAGUAACAACAGUAAGCAUUACAAAACUGAACAAAUAAACCCUAAACACAGCCAUGCAUGGAUGAAUAUUGUAACACACAGAGUUAUUAAACUUAAGAAAGAGAGAAAGAGAAAGAAAGAAAGAGAGAAAGAAAGAGAGAGAGAGAGGGACUGGACUGCUUACCACGUGAUGGCGCACCAUAUGAGAUGUUUCAAUCCACUCACAGUCACAAACCCACCACCCAAUAUUGUGUGAUGAGGGGGUUAAUGUGGGAAUGACCCUUGUUUCAUUGCUCCUAAUAAAUACCAGCUUUGCAAAGCUACAUCUCCAUCUCUCCAGCAGGCAUUGCAUAUUCAAGCUCAUCAUCUCUUUCUUUCUUUCUUUCUCUCAAGUCUUUUUGAGAGUCUCAUCCAUGAAUGGCUUGUGAUCGGCCACGUUUAACAGACCUUCACCGCCGUAGAAAUCUCUAACAAUCAUCACCAUCAUCAUCAUCAUCAUCAUCAUCAUCAUCAUCUCUUUCUGUUUUUCUCUUUUUUUCUCUUUUUUUAUCUGUUUUGUUUGCCACCUUUAGCUUCACAUAAAUGCAACCAUUCCCUGAACCUUCAUCCUUAUCUUCUUCUCCUUUACCCACUAACUCUUUCCACUGUGAUGGUCUUCAUGAGCUUUUGUUUGCUGCUCAUAUACUUCCUUUUAGCAGCAGCACUACUACUACUACUACUACUAGUGAUCCACCACUGCUCACUCCUGUUGUACCAAAUGAUGUGCAACUCACUCCAGCGAGAACUAUUACUACCCGCAAGAGACCAGUGAGGAAGGACCGACACAGUAAGAUAUACACGGCGCAGGGGCCGAGAGACCGGAGAAUGAGGCUCUCACUUGAGGUUGCUCGGAGAUUUUUCGAUUUGCAGGACAUGCUUGGGUUUGAUAAACCAAGCAAAACCGUUCAGUGGCUGCUUAACAAGUCAAAGUCAGCGAUCAGAGAUCUUACCGCAGUAGUGAACCCCGGAGGAGGAUUCAUGUUUAGUAGUGGCAGUAGUAGUAGUAGUCAGUCUUCUACUUCAGAAUGUGAAGAUAAGUUCACUGCAACAACAAUGACUAAUGAAGUGAAUGUGAAACCACAGAAGAUCAAAAGGUCAGUUGUUCAACAAACUAAAAAAACCAUGUUUAAUCCAGUUCUUGCUAAGGAGUCCCGGGCAAAAGCGAGAACAAGAGCAAGGGAAAGAACACAAGAGAAGAAAAGAUUAAUGCUUGGAACUAGUGCUAGUACCAUUGAGGAAUCUGGUUCUCAUGAUCUCAAGUCAUCACUGGAAUUGGCUGCUGAUGCUGAUGAGCCGAUUCAGAACUUUGAUUAUCACCAGAACAUCAUCACCUGCAAUGAUAUGGUGUCAUCAUUCCCAGACCAUUGGGAGUUGCAACAAUUCUCAGGUAUUUAUUGGUGAAGCCCUAAUAUUCCAUGAAAAACCUAAUUAUCAGAUAUUGUGUUGUUCUCAGUUAAGUGUUCUAGAUUUAGUUCCUAUCUUGUUUGGAUUUUAGAGUUCCAAGAAUUCUAUGAUGUCUAUCAUGCCUGGUUUAAUUCAAUGUAUCAAGAAUAAUGGUUUGUUUGUGAGCUCCUUCAUGCAAUCUAAUGCCUUGAUUUACAU